CCAGAGUUUAAGGAGCUCCCUGUACACUCACAAACUCCUCUCUCACUUAUACUCUCUCAAACAUAUAGCACAGUUGUGGAAUUAUCAACUCACUCAAACUUUGAGAUCCUGCACCAUUGCUAACAAUGGGAGUGGAAAAUUCAGACUAUUCAGAUGCUGAUUUCACCUAUGAUUAUGAGUUAAUCAGAAGAGGUGGGCUGAUAUUUGCAGCUGUUUUGUUCUGUUUGGGCAUAGCUAUCAUAUUCAGCAAAAAGCUCAACUGUGGAAACAAGUCAUCUGCUAAGUAAUCUCAAUAUAUUCACCAAGGAUGGACUGACCCUUUCAUGAUCACUUUUGAUCUCAACAACUUUUCAAUGAAUAUUGUUACUUUUAAUUGACAAGAGCCUAUGUACACAAUCACAAAAAUGGCAUUAAAAAAAUAGUGGUCUGA